AUGACUUCAGCAGAUUUUGGAAGCCCUUUAAGAAAAUACAAGUUGGUAUUCCUUGGUGAGCAGAGUGUGGGAAAGACAUCCCUUAUCACUCGAUUCAUGUACGAUACAUUUGACAGCACUUAUCAGGCCACGAUUGGUAUCGAUUUCUUGUCAAAGACAAUGUAUUUAGAAGAUAAAACCGUUCGUCUACAGCUAUGGGAUACAGCAGGACAGGAACGUUUCCGAAGUCUGAUUCCGAGCUACAUUAGAGAUUCCUCUGUUGCUGUCAUUGUAUAUGACAUGUCAAAUAAGGAAUCGUUUUUAAACACGUCAAAAUGGAUCGAUGAUGUUCGGGCUGAGAGAGGAAACGAAGCCAUUGUCGUACUAGUGGGAAACAAGACUGAUCUUAACGAGAAAAGAGAAGUAACAACGGAAGAAGGAGAAAAAAGAGCAAAAGAUUUAGGUGUCAUGUUUGUCGAGACAAGUGCAAAAGCUGGGCACAAUGUGAAAAUGCUCUUUAGAAAGAUUGCACAAGCUUUGCCUGGUAUUAACGGAAACAAUCCCAAUGACGAAAAAAGCCAAAUGCAAAAAAUCAACUUGAGCAACUCUGAUUCAGAAGCAAGUGGAUGUGCUUGCUAA